AUGAUAGAGGAAAUUAUUGAAACAGGUUCUAGAGGAAAAGAACUUUUAAAGGAUGCUUUUAUUAUUGGCUUAGCUUGGGGAAGAUAGUAUAUUUUAUAAUAUUAUAUAUAUUAGAAUUUUAAUAGACAAAAAUGAUUUAUAAUUAGCUAUAAACUAAUUAUAAUCCUUUAACAAUAAUAUUGAUAAGUCUUUAGAAAGUCCAUUUUUGAAAGAUGAUAAGUUUAAUGAAUUUUUUUUAAAUAAUGUAAUGAUCCAUUUUAAUUAAGAAUUUUUAAUUAUUCAAUAUUCCUCGAUUAUCAAAUUAAUAACCAUAUUAGAAUACAACUCCAUAAAAAAAAUUACAAGAAAAUUAAUAAUCACUUAAUAAUUCACAAAAUUAAUCUCCAUUUUUAAUUAAUAUAUCCCCUCAAAAAGUAAAAGAAUUAUAAUCUUAAAAUAUGUGUUAAUUAUGUAACUUUUAUUUUGAUACCAAAUCAAAAAAUUAAAAAGCAAUACUUUCCUCAUGUUAACAUCAAUUUCAUUUUUUAUGUUUAUAUAUCCACACUUAAGAAAAAGGUGAGUAUUGUCCAAUCUGUGGAUAAUAAAUGGAAAAAGCUUAUCCUAAAAGCCUUUAUGAAGAUUUACCACAAAAAUAUAAAUCUUGUUGUCCAAAUAUUGAAUGUUAGAAUGAUUUUGUGUAUUUUGGAUAAGAUUAUUUUUGUUGUGAUAUGUGUAAUUAAGUAUGGUGUUUAAAAUGUAAGAAAAAUUUUCAUGAAAAUUCAGAUUGUAUUAUAGAUAUAGAUCAUUAUAAAAUGAGUCUUGGAUAAAAUUAUAAAUUUUGCUUUUAAUGUAAUAAAGUGUUGUUCUUAAAUAAUUCAUCAACUGAUGGAUAUUACAUAUUGUCAAAGCAUUGUUGA